UUCGCUUAUUGUGGUUUAGUUCUUGCCUUCUUGGCAAAUGCUUAACUCCUCUGGGAGUUCUUCUGGAAUUUUCUCCAGUAUUAGGCAGGGGCUAUUCCAUUAUAUAUUUGGUUCGUCAUGAUACUAGUAGACUUAAUUGUUUCCAUACAUGUUUUCUGAUUGAUUUAUUAUCUACUAUAUCAUCAUUUGGUAAUCCCUCUUAGGUACAUCUGUCCCCCAACUCUUGUACUGCUGUUAGAAUGUGACUUGUUUUAACAAUUUUGCGAUACAUGGAUGUAUCUAUAGUGUUCUUCGGUUUUCAAAUUAUGGCCUGGCUUGUUUUAUUUGGAUUCAUUGGAUUAUCCUUCUUUUAUGUAUACUUGACUACCCUUGACAUUUGUCCUGACAUAUGCUCUAUAUACUGAUAGUGCCUUGGAGAUUUAUAGAAUUCAAGGUUCUACCCGCAUUUAAUAUACCGCAGUAGUAGCACCUGCUGUUGUUUACAGUUAAAACAAAACAAUAUUCUAGCUGCAUAGCUGUUCGUCAGUCUAGUAUAUUCCGUUCAUGCAUUUUGAAUUUUGUGAUCUUUUAGAUAACAUUGGGCAUGGAGUUCUUCACGGAAUAUGGGGAGGCAAGCCAGUAUCAGAUACAACAGGUCAUUGGCAAGGGAAGCUAUGGAGUAGUUGCUGCAGCAGUAGAUACCCACACUGGGGAGCGAGUUGCAAUCAAGAAGAUAAAUGGCGUGUUUGGGCAUGUCUCGGAUGCCACCCGCAUACUGCGGGAAAUCAAGCUUCUUCGGCUGCUCCGCCACCCAAACAUAGUUGAGAUCAAGCACAUCAUGCUCCCCCCUACCCGAAGGGAGUUCAGAGAUAUUUAUGUUGUUUUUGAGCUCAUGGAGUCGGACCUAGAUCAAGUGAUCAAAGCAAAUGGGGACCUCACUCCGCAACAUCACCAGUUUUUCUUGUACCAACUUCUUCGUGCUCUCAAGUACAUGCAUGCAGCUAACAUAUUUCAUCGUGACUUAAAACCAAAAAAUAUACUGGCCAAUUCAGACUGCAAGCUAAAGAUUUGUGACUUUGGGCUUGCACGCGCAUCAUGUAAUGAUGCCCCCUCGGCUAUAUUUUGGACUGACUAUGUGGCUACAAGGUGGUACCGUGCUCCUGAACUAUGUGGUUCAUUUUUCUCCAAAUACACCCCUGCAAUUGAUAUUUGGAGCAUAGGGUGCAUAUUUGCUGAAGUUCUCACUCGAACACCAUUAUUUCCUGGGAGGAAUGUCGUGCACCAAUUAGAUCUAAUAACAGAUCUUCUUGGAACUCCAUCAUCUGAAACCUUAUCCCGGAUUCGCAAUGAGAAGGCAAAGUCAUAUUUAAUCGGUAUGCAGAGGAAAUAUCCUAAACCCUUUUCUCUUAAGUUUCAUAAUGCUGAUCCUCAGGCUCUGCGUCUUCUAGAGCGUUUACUCGCAUUUGACCCUAAAGAUCGACCUACUGCUGAAGAGGCUUUAGCUGAUCCAUAUUUUGGAGGACUUGCUAAGUUGAAACAUGAGCCUUGGUCACAGCCUAUUUCAAAGCUUGAGUUUGAAUUUGAGAGAAGGAAGCUAACGAAGGAUGAUGUAAGAGAUCUGAUUUAUCGAGAGAUUUUGGAGUACCAUCCACAGAUGCUUCAUGAGUAUAUCAAAGGUGGAGAACAAACUAGUUUCCUCUAUCCAAGCGGGGUUGAUCGUUUCAGACAGCAGUUUGCGCACCUUGAGGAGAACUAUAGCAGAGGAGAAGCAAGUACUCCACUGAGGAGACGACAUGCAUCUUUACCGAGGGAAAGAGUCUGUAUAUCAAAGGGUACCAAUAAUCAAGUCUAUAGCAAUGAAAACAGGAGGAUGGCAUCUUCUGUUAUCCGAACUGCCAUAAGCCCCCCAAUGUCACAAGAAGAGGGGCAGAAACAUGCAUCUGUUUAUCAAAAUGGCACAAACAUUCAGAAUUUCUGUUCAGCGUGCUACUUGAAGAAUGCUAGCACCAGUGCUUCCACUUGUGUUGUCAAAGGGAAUGAAGGCCUAGAGAAGAAUGGUAUCUCUGAGGACUUAGGAGAGAAGGUGGUCUAUGAAUUGUCAGACAGGCUAGCCAUGAUGCACUCCUAAGGCAGCAACGACCAGCAGCUCCAAAUAUCAGUGCAGUAUUUCCUAU